GAAUCUAUUAUCUUUGAUGUUGCUGUUGGUCUGUUUUAGCCACUACAAGCUCACUAAUGGCUGCAAUUAUUUCAAAAGAAGGAGUGCAUAAGGGUGUAGCAGGAGUAGUGCUCCUAAUUUCAUGCUGAAUGGAACGACGCGAAUGGUGCAGCGAGGAUGCACGACAAUACCAGAUAACACUUUGUACAUUGUUGUGCUUUAGGCAGGCAUGUUUCCGCUGUUGGCAGCGCAGGAAGGGACGGUGUCUGCGUUCCCUCAUGGCGGCGGCGUGGAUUUAAUAGUUGAAGACGAACGGACACUUUGGCAUCGAUUUCAGUGCUGAGAUGAACUCGCCACCGUUCACGUGGCCCUACUCGGUUCCCGGGAUGCCGGGGCCGCCGGUGGCCACGCCCCCGCCGCCAGAGGCCUUUCCUCAGCCUCAACCUCUGCCUCAAAUGGACGGCCAGCUGUCGUCGCCUCCCGACGUCAAUCUGGACAGUCCGCAGUCAAUCAUGGCCGACGGUUCGGACCUUCCGCUCCACGACGUAACGACGUUGAGAUUUUUCUACAACCUGGGCGUGAACGUGUUCAACACUGUACGAAAGGCGACGCAGAGUCCUGUACUGGCCAUGCACGACCACUCUUCAUCUCAAGCCGACGGCUCGCCUUUCUCUGCCGAGCUGGCGGGCCGCGGUGUGUUGCAGGUGGACGCGCCCGCGUGGCAGCCGCAGCCCAGGAAGACGGAGCCUUCUGCGCAUGCGCACGGGCUGGCGCCGCCGCAAGCGUUGCCUUCCGGCGGGUACCUGCUGCCUCUGCCGCUGUCCGCCUGGACCGCGCCCGGCAUGGCGUCGGGCGGCAGAGAAGGGGAGUGUGGACAGGCAAUGCGCGGUUCAAUGUUGCCGUGCAUGCCUGUGCAGCUGGUAUGCUCGCCAGAUGGCAUGCCCUGCGCGCUCCCAGUCGUCUACAUGCCACCACAGCCACGCGGCCACUAGCGACUGUCUACAAGAAUCUUUGGUCUGCAAGUACGGGAUGUCUUUGCUGUUGAGCAGUCCGGUGCAUCUUGGAUCAUAAGUGGACUUCCGGUCAGCUGAAAAAGGAAGUUAUUUGCCACACGGAAAGUCUUCCUCACCAACAAGUGUUCUCUCAACUUCGUGGGCGAACAGUUUUGGGCACUCCAAGUGUAAUAGACGUGCCUGAGGUUCUCAGGUGUGGCAUCAGAUGGCCUCGUUUCACGUUGUUAUUUUUAUUGGUGUACCUACUCGUCAUCUUCGCCCAGCGUUACCAAUAGAUGGAUGGAAGACCAUUGUGGGCUAACUUGCGUGAUGAUCUACAAUUUCUCACUUCUGAUCAAAGAUCUUUAAACUCAGUACUUCAAUGACAAUGUGCAAAGUAGAAAGAUGGUUAAAAUAGGCCAUCAGUAGGAAAAUGGUGACUGCUUACGACAUGCACAUUUAUGAAUGAGAAAAAGCAAAUAGCACUCAGCAGACAUGUUUUCGCUAUCUUUUUGUAGAAUGUGUUGUUUUACAGACUGUUGGUUUGCAAUGAUACACACCUGUUUUCAGUGACAAAUAAAGCUCUGCUCCAAUGUACCACCAAGAUUCGAAAUUAAAACCUGAAGAUGACAAGCAGAUUGUUUGUCAAAAUAGUACACACUUUACGUGAAACAUUAGGAUGCAGCAAUUAAGUUGUUCAGUGAUGUACACGUUUAUUGAUUUGUGCAACAGCUAGAAGACUGAUCAGCCUACAUGUAAUGUGUAUAUUGCAUGAUUUGAAGAGAUCUCAUUGUCUGAUAAAUUGUGUUAAUGUAACAUUUGUAAUUUGUUAAUUCACACUGUUUGCUAUAUUAUUAUUUCUAGAAGAGCUUACAUAUUCUAUUAUUUUCUUAGUGUUACUAGUACAGUGGUUUUGUAUGGACUGCAUGGAACUGUAUCAUUUCAAUAAUAAUUUCAUGCUUUCCUUCCUUGUCAGAACCACAGGUUGGAUAUGGUCACUAUUUUAGAAUUGUAUACCAUUGUCAGGUACUGCAAUGCAAUAUUAUUUACAUGAUUAAUUCUGUAUAGAAGAAAUACUUUCACUUAAUUUAUGGAUGAUUGUAUUUUUUGCACUGUAUUUCAGAUUGAUAUUUCUCAUCACACAGUUUCAUUUUUCUAAGUUGUGCAGUGAUGGUAAUAAACAGUCCACAUGCUGUGGUACAUCUAAAUUAUUUUUUUUAUUCAUGUUAGCCAUCGAGAAGGCUUGAGUUGAGUCUGAAUUGUACUGUAAAACUGUAAGGGAAAUUGUGUGAAAUUCUUUUUUAAUAACAGGUCAGAAGCCCUUUGAGCAAAUUGUUUUUGCCGUACAGGAUGGAAACUUUAGUAUGGACUGUAUGGAAUCUUGAAGAGGGCUUUUGGUGGUUAACAUCAAUAUAAUACAGAAUGUACCAAAAGCAGUAAAAAGGACACAAAGACAGGACUCUGCAUAUAAACUCAGGAAGAAAAGUUUACAUCAGCCUUUUUUUGUUUCUGACUUGUUUGGUCUUGAUAUUUGUGUUUUAAUUUUUUGGACAAACUGUGUUCUUACCACAACUACAUUUUAUAUAAAUCAAAGUGAAUUAUUCAUGGUCCAUAACUGUAUUAUACACGUAAACAUCUUCAAAUAGCUAUUUUAUAUAAACCGUCAGAUAUGUUAGUUGGUUCAUAAGCAUCUUGAUUGCAAAAGUUUUUAUGUGGGUUGUUAAUUCCUGAGAACACUUAAUUCAUACAUACUGUUUUUCUGAAAAUCGUACAUGUCUAGUGGCAGCAUUCAUUUUUUUUCUAUUAUUAAAGUUAGUCACAAUUUGCCCACAGGGCGAAUCGCAAAGCCCAUUGCAAAUUUUGUGCGAUGUACGAAAUUUGUCAGACGUUAGCUGAUGUGACCUUGUUCUGUUUUUGCCUUAUAGUUACCAACGUUUCCAUAUCUGAGAAGAAUUACGAGAGCAAUAAAACAAAGUUAAAACAGGG